AUGUUCCUCCGCAAAUUCUGGAACCAAUGGACUUUGGAAGAGAAUGCUCGGCGGAUGACCAUCACGGUCUUGCCGACGGGCACCAAGAAAGUCCAUUUGAAAGAGUCGAACGAGCUGGCAGAACUCUAUCCGGAUCGUCAUGACAGAGGUUGGUAUGCCAUUCUUGUUUCUUUUUUUCUAAUCCCGUUAAAGUCGUACAGACGUUCGUCGGUGACAUCAAACUGAUCCAAUUGUAUUAUUUCCCUUGUCUCUCUUCCUCUCUCUCUCUUCAAAGUUAACUUGGUUAUCCUGCAUGUACAUGCCAAAAUAGCAAGUCCCAGGGACUGAAAUAGUAGGGGGGACUCUCAAGAGUGCAAUCACAAUCAUCUUGUCGACCCAUAUUUCCUCCAAGUCAAACUAAUAGACUGCCUAAUUUUUUUGACCUCUCAAGGGGUUCGCUCCCCUUUCUCCAGUUCCGCCUGAAUCAAACUUUUGGUGUUUCACCGCACACAUGUCCGUUUAAAAUUGACACAUUCUCAACUGCACCAUCAUAAAUCAUGCAACUCUAUGUAAAACCCGAGCAAACAUUUUUUGACAAGUGUGCCCGACCCCCCACGAUUCUUUUCCCUAAAUGCACGAUAAUUCGGGUCCGAAUUCAAGAGGGGCGGUUUUGCGCAAGACAUCAAAACCCGAUCGAACUUUUUUCCGGAUUUCGGAAAGAAGCGGUGGGAAAAAGAAAGUUAUUGCUGGAAAAGAAAGGCAGGCCCAGGACGUUUUUUUUUCGGUGCCGAAUGUGCUCCCACAUUGAUAAAUGACAUGCCCGACGCCCAUCUUGCCGUUUUUGGUCGGCCAAAAAAAUGAGGUUUUCUCUCGAGGCGGACGACUCGCAAUACACAUUCCAGGAUGAUUCUAGUCAAAUGAUCCUGGGAACGAACGAUGGAAAAAAGGCGGAAUGAGCCAAAUGAGAGGUCUUACCCGGAUGAGUGGUUGAAAUAUCAUCAAGUUUUUACGAAUGCGUGAAUGAGAAACUUUCUAGUGAACUAAUAUAUCGUAUGCUUUAUGAGCGCAUUCAAAUUAAUUGUUGAUCUUUUUGUAUCUCACAAUAAUCAUUGGCACUAAGAAGCGCAGCUAUAAGAGAGGCACCAUAUUCGGCGGCCGUUUAUAAAUAUUUCAUUAGUCAGUUUUAAUUAGACUACGAAUUGGUUGCCCUUCUCCACAAUUCCAACUAUUUCCUGUGCCGCUUUUGGUGUCGCCGAUCCGCUUCUUCUUAGUUUUUACUCAAUAUAAUUUUCGUCGUAUUCUCUCGGACCGCCACAAUUUGUUCUGCAUAGGAGAAUGCUCAUUUUUCUAGGAAAAGAGAUGUAAAGUAAAGAAUAACUUUUUUUUCAGAAUAUAGGCUUUCCGCAAUGAUGUUGUAUUGCAGAUGUAUAAGCCUGAUAAUGGUCGCCAUACUCAUAUCCAAAAAAAACGUUAUGAGCAACAUUAAAAACGCAUGUUCCCGAUUGGGAUUCUGAAAGUACGGAAGACCAAUGAUGUUUGUACAUGCAUGUUUCCGAAAAAAUAUAACCUUAUUGAAUUUGAACAAAUUUUGAACCAAACCUUCUUCUUCCAACAUUAGCGGCACACAUCAUUUUCCGAAAUAGUGCUCCGGUCUAGUCGACCACUCGUAAAGUAAAAGACUAUCAAUCAUGAAAGCAAAGUGAGAACCAAAAAAACCGACCUUUCCUUCCGAUUUUCGAGCUACACAGGAAGUGUUUUUAUAUAAAAUGUAAAUUCUUAGAAAACAAAUUGUACUUUCGAUAUUUGAAGCUAGUUACCCUUCUCAUCCCCAUUACUCUUUGUGGUCAUUUGUUACAUCAAGGAUCCUCUCUUUCUCUCUCUCUCUCUCUUCUUGUUCUUUUAUUUUCCUUCUCGUCUUCAAGAACCUUUCCCUUGUCUGUACUAGUCGUGCGGUCACUAAGAACAGAAAGCCUUCUAGAAAAGUUGAAGAAACGCAAAUAUAAUUUGGUUUCGCAGAGGAACGACACAAAACUAACUAACAGACAAAAAACGGGCCAGACCGCCUGAUGGUGUCGUUUUUCUUUCGGAAGAAAUGUGCUACAUCCGCUGCGGUUUCACAUUAUGACCCCAUUUGUACAUUUCACUGUUUUUCCACCUUUUCCACUUUCAAGACAUAUCUGAUGUCCGAACAAAUUAGCAUGAGAUGAGAUGAGAUCUAGUAAAACAGUUUCGUACAUUCGCAUUUCAAAGUAGUGUCUGAGAUGUUCUAACUGUCUCAGAAAAAGAUGAAUUCCAGACUUCAGGUGAAUGAAUUAUAAUAUUCUCGUCGUUUUCCUGACCACUCAUAUAAACAACACUACCCGAGUUCCCAGUAGUCUCUGAAUUCUUGAGCAGGACUCGAAUGAUUUUGUUAUUCAUGAGUUAUCUUCAUUGACAAGCACGUCGUUCUCACCCUACCAUCUUUAUUUUCAUAAACCCUACAGAUGUUUUGGUUGCAACUUACUUGAAGUGAUGAUAUUCUCACAAGCGUUCCGAAACGAGCAAUUCAGUCCGGCGGUUGCUCUGUUCAGCGCCGCCGGCCUUAUAAAAACGACUGCCGGAAUCAAAGAGGAAGAAAACGAGCAGCAAAAUAAGAAGAAAGGUGAUUACUAGAAAAAUGAGUGGAGGAUUUAAGAGCAUAGUUCCGACGUGAUUCCUGACCUCUGCUUUCCUUUUUCCUCAUUCGAUUGGAUUGUCUCUGAACUCGCUCAAAACAUGAACAGAUUGUGUUUGCCGUUUGCGUGCCAGCGCCGUUAGUUCCUUCUUUUUCUAUAAUUACUGACUCUAAUCUUGCUUUUUGUCUGCAAACCGCGACCCAACAAAGCAAAAAGUUUGCACGAUGUACUUUCAGUUGAAACUUUUUUGGAGCAAAUUUCAACAAAAACACAAUUUAAAAUCAAAAUCACAACUAAUCCAGUCCCAUUCUUGAAUUUCUAAUAGCUUUUUUCUUGUUUCUUGGACCACCUCUUGCAUCGUUUUAGUAUUCAUGCAAGUGUUUCUAGUCCUAGUCCCUGUGGCUUGUUUCUUGAUUCCCCGGUUCUCCGGGAACGAACAUAAAACGAAUAUUUUUGAUAAAUUGAGCUCCUUUUGACUAGCCGAGUAUCUAAAAUGUAUGUAUACUUCUCAACGGAAAAGAGUGAUAGCAUUUUUUGUUUGACGGGCGACAAAGCCAGCACCGAACAAGUACAUUCUCAGUUAUUAUUCUUGUUCCAAAAACAACCGCAACCACUUUCGUUUAAGUGAUUUCAAGAAGCUAGAUUUAUAGUCCCUCGAGGAUUGGUCCUAUCCGCUACCUUUAUAACAAUUUUAUAUGGUCCCGACCUUUGCAGCAAGCACCUCGCACCCAAUACGCGCGGCUGCCUCUCAUUUUAAAUGAAAACACCCUGUCUCCGAUGGUGGUGAUUUCUCCGUUGCAACUUGACGCCGAGCAACUUUGUCACAAGUUGAAUGGACUACAAGGUUACUUUUUUCUCGAUUCACAGCUCGUACGAGUCAAGUACGUACUUAUCAACUUCUCUGUCCGUAUUGGGUUUCAAGUAGAUGACCGACGUUCUCAUGUUCUAUUUUGAGCUUGACGCUUUCAAGAUCUUGAUGGAACUCAGUGUAUUGUAAUGAGAUGAGAACGUUAAAAUGUAUAAUAUAUUCUAUAUCUGUACUGCACUUGUAUUGCACCAAACUGCCACCAAACGCACCCAUGCCUAAAAUCCGUUUACCAUCAGCCAAGAAAAGAGCGUUGAGAUAAGAAUCCAACUCUUUCACGAAAAAAGUUGAGCAAACUUAUUGAAAUUGAAAAAUUAACCCUCUCCGACUGGGAUUUCAUUCUUUCCCGCCGACUCUCGGCCCCAAUGUGCUAACUUGAGACGUUUUUGGCUAGGGAUGCGACGACAGCGUGCAUAUUUGCCCCCGCCCUUCUUUCUUCACGCUACGCUAUGCAAUUCACAAAAUGCGAGCAUACGCGAGAAACUGAUUUCAACUAGCUUCAACCUCUAACUAUGUUUUCCUACUGACUACGUCCGUCUGUCUGCCAAUUAUGUUUUUCUACUCGCCGAACGUCGCGUCGUCGUCUCAAAGUAAUCGGAGAGCCACUCUUACCCAUCAACAUCAUCUCCAUGUGGGACACUUAGACACCAGGCUCUCCGUCCAAAUCCCAGAGAUUUUGAGUAGAACUCUUGGCGAUUCGGAGAGAGAACAACUGGUCCCGGAGCAACUUCGAUUUGUGAAUGAUGAGAAUCAAGAGAUCUGGACUACGUCACAACCUGCCCUUCUGGAGCUAUGUGCUUCUCCCGUCUCUUCUGUUUUCUCGACGACAGAGCACCGAAGAAUGAGCCAACGGAAACUUGUACUUCGAAGACCAACCAUUUCUAUUCAGGAAGAUGGGAAAAUCAUAAUUGGUCAAAGCCUAGCAUCACAUUUUCCUAUUUUCGUGUUUUCAACUUCAACUCUCUUUUUUCAGAUCAUGUGACAGCUCGGUGGGAUGGUGCUCCAAUCAAUUCUCAGUCGGCUCUUCUGGAUGCAGAUGACGGUGCGACAGUCAUCACAGACACCAUCAAAGACGACCAGGACGACAAGGAGCCGAAAAGUUGUCCGCAGCAAACGGUUAAGGUCAGUUUCCCACCCUUUGUAUAUUUUUCACUUCUACGAAUAGUCUCCCAAAAAGGCCACACUGAGACAUUCAUGCCUCCUGAGACAUUGCUUGUUCGCUGGGAACAAUGGAUGAUCAGUGUUCCCGGAAAUUCUGGUUUGGCAACAUUCUUUUGCGUGCCACAAUCCCACCGGCAAUAAAUUUUGAGCGCCGCCGAAAAGAGACUCGCUGGAGCAUUGAAAAGACAACAAUUCAUAAGGGGCGUGGAAGGGCAUGUUCAAAAAUGAGAAUCAUCAGUAGUGAAAUGACAUUUUGCAAAUCUUGAGCAGGAAGCAGUGAAUGUGCAAUCACGUCAUCCCAGACAGCAUUCUUAUGUUAAAAGCGUUCAAAUAUGAAUUAUCAUGUGAAUAUAAGAUUGACAGAUACUUUUUUGCUACUUGGAGACAUGCCCAUUGUUUCUUGCACAACAUUGUUGCUAGUAACUACAUAGUAAUGCAACGCAGAAUUGCAUAUAAUGAUGAUCAAGAGAAGGUAACAUUUAUUGACCUAAAAAUUGACAAUUACCCGGUUGCAAUCCAAUUGCUUUUCCAAUUUUCAACCUUCCAAAACUGAUACCCAAUUUAAUUGACCAAUUAGAAAGUUGAUCUAAACAAAAACACAACAACCGGUUGAGCUUUGACUUGACGUAAGGAAGUCGGCGGGUGAGUUCCCCGGGGAAUCACUACACACAUAUCCAUAUACACCCAUCCGCAAAAAUAACGGAUUUAGAAAGCGGGGGGAGCGCAGCGUAGACUGCGUCGGGCGCAUAAAAAUCAAACCCCAUAUGAGGAGGAGAUAGAUUGCCUCAAGUACAAUGAAAUGACUGAUGACCGGAAAGCACUCCUUGUUGUCUUUUUUUUCGCCGCUUUCAAACAAUUUGAGGCAAAAAGGGAGGAUACCAAAGAAGAGGAUAUAUUUUCAGUACAUCAAAAUCCUCACACCUCACGUGAUCUUGGUGUCGGUGCUGAUUGGAUACCUCUGCUUGGGAGCCUGGAUUCUCAUGUUAUUGGAGACAAGAACUGAAUUGCUCGCCAGAUCGAAGAAACUUGUGAGGUAUGUUGGGAAUUUCAAAGCGAGGCGCUCAAGUGGUAAUGCUUUGCAGGUUAACAAACUUGAUGUCAAACUUCACGGCGGAAAGUUGGAAGAUGCUGAGUGACGCUCAACACGGGAUGAGUACAAUGGAUGAGACUCAGUGGGCAGCCACGUUUCGGGAAUGGAUGGUGAGAGUGUCGGAGACGGUGGACGAUCGAAGACCGAUCCGAAGGGAGUUAAACCGGCCGGAUGAUCUCUCGAACAUGCAUAACAAAUGGACUUUUCCCACUGCUCUUCUUUACGUGCUAACCGUGCUGACAACUUGCGGUAGAACAAAAUACGUGUCUUCUGGUACUAUAAGAUUGAUUUUUUAGGUUAUGGAGAAGUAUCAGUUGACACAGACGUCGGUAAAGUGUUCUCAGUAGCAUUUGCCCUUGUGGGUAUCCCACUCAUGUUCAUCACGGCCGCUGAUAUUGGUAAAUUCCUCUCCGAAACACUGCUCAAAUUUGUCAGCUUUUGGAACAGAAGUGUUAGAAAAGUAAAAGUGAGUUGAUAGCGAGAUAAACACAAUGUCUUAUAACAUUUUUUAGCAAUGGAUAAGCCGUGUUCGUCACGGACGACGAAAGUCACUCCAAUCGACAGGCGGACAAAACGAUACCCUCGACAUUCUGGGGGUUGAUGGAACCGAAGAAAAGCUGUGGUUCCCCAUAGGUACCUUUUUGUUCAGUUUGCUGCAGCCAACAUAUUCUUAACGGCGAUGAGUAAUUGAUUUCUAAUUUUGUUAUCAUAACAGUUCCAAAUGGUGAAAGAACGAAAUUAUGGUUUCCAAUCGGUAAGGUUCAGUGUUCUGUCUUUCUCCUUUCUAAAAACAUUUUCAUGAUCGUUCAAUUUCAUUCAUUAACAGCCAAUGUUGUCUAUCAGUUCUAUUUUCUUCCCUUCUGUUUCCAAAGUCUCUUUGUAUCUGUCCGUACCUAUGUCACUUUUCCGAUUCUUUCGUCCAUCUGUGUUUCCUCUAUCCGCGUUUCUCUUCACUUUUUCCUCUGUCAACAUUCAAUGAUACCCUUUUCACCUCACAGAGUAUGGUGUUCUAUCACAAAGAAAGUGUGUGUCAGACUUGAGAAAACUGAUCAUUUUCAGGUGCCUAUGUCUCCUGUAUCUGCUUGUAUUGCUCAAUGGGUUCUGCGAUGUUUAUCAAUUGGGAAAGGUAAGAAUCAUGGUGAAUUUUAUCAACUUUAAUUUAUUUCAGAACCUGGUCUUUCAUCCACGCUUUCCAUUUCGGUUUCAAUUUGAUCGUCACAGUCGGUCUCGGUGACGUUGUCGUGACGGAUUAUAUCUUCCUGUCGCUCAUUGUCGCAUUUGUUAUAGUUGGUACGUUAAAAUCCGACACCUUUUUUGGCAUCAACCUCCGAUUUUCAGGUCUCUCGGUGGUCACAAUGUGCGUUGAUCUCGCAUCAACUCAUCUCAAAGCGUAUUUCACCAGAAUCCACUACUUCGGAAGAGCCAAACGGUCGGUUUGAGCGGUUCAGCAUUAAACUGAUUUCCUACAAAAUGAUUUUCAGAUUUUUGGGAAUGAGUGAAGAGCUCAAGGAAAUUGUGGCUUUGCUCGGCGCAAUGCGACGGAAAAAGGGCGGCAAAGUGACGUGGAAUGACGUCCGAGACUUUUUGGACAACGAACUUCGUGACCGUCCGUUCGAACCUCAUGAGCUUCUCAUGAAACUGCGUUUCAUCGAUGAAACAUCCUCAGGUAAACCUGACCAUUUCAAUCAAUAUGAAGUGUUAUGUUUAGGAAUGUCGACGAUCCGUCACAAUUCGUUCCAAUCCGACUUCUUCCGAGAAUCCGAGUACAUCCGACGAGUGGCCGCUCUGAGGCCGGAGCAGCCAGCAUACCUGUAA